CCGCCGCCGCCGCCGACGCUUUCAAACCCCACCUCGCCCUUUCUUUCUCUCUGUGUCCAGAUCGCCGCCAUGCCGACGGUGAGCGUCGGCAGAGACCGCCUCUUCGAAGCCCUCGGCGAGACCUACACGCAGGAGGAUUUCGAAAAGCUUUGCUUUGAAUUCGGCAUCGAACUCGAUGACGUUACUACGGAGAAGGCGAUUAUUAGAAAAGAAAGACAUCUGGAAGGGGAAGAAGAGGAUGAGGACGAGGAGGUCAUCUACAAGAUCGAAGUCGCGGCCAAUAGAUACGAUUUGCUUUGCCUUGAGGGGAUUGUACGAGCCCUUCGAAUAUUUAUUGGGAAGGAAGAAAUUCCUGUCUUUAAAGUCAGUGAUGUUCCCCCCAAAUCUAUGCUUAAAAUGCAUGUUAAGCCUGAGACUGCAUUGAUUCGACCCUUUGUUGUUUGUGCUGUUCUAAGAGGAAUAACUUUUGAUGAAGCCCGAUACAACAGCUUCAUCGACCUGCAAGAUAAGCUCCACCAAAAUAUUUGCCGGAAGAGGUCUCUAGUUGCUAUUGGCACCCAUGAUUUGGACACAAUACAAGGCCCCUUCUCAUAUGAGGCUUUGCCACCGCCGGACAUAAAUUUUGUCCCUUUGAAGCAGGUAAAAAGUUUCAGGGCCGGUGAACUAUUGGAAUUUUACAGAUCAGAUAUGAAACUGAAGAAAUUCUUGCACAUAAUCGAGAAUUCUCCUGUAUAUCCUGUCAUAUAUGACAGCAAUAGAACUGUUUUGUCACUGCCACCGAUUAUAAAUGGUGCUCAUUCAGCGAUCACUCUGAAGACAAAAAAUGUGUUCAUUGAAUGCACAGCUACUGAUCUGACAAAGGCAAACAUUGUUUUGAAUACGAUGGUAACAAUGUUUUCAGAGUAUUGUGGAAAGAAAUUUGAGGUCGAACCUGUUGAGGUGGUGUACUCUGAUGGUAGGUCUAGCAUUUACCCGGAUCUUACAGUUAGCAAUAUGGAGGUCUCCCUUGCUGAUAUUACUGGUCCCAUUGGUAUUGCACUGGAGGCAUCAGAGGUUGUUCCCUUGUUGAACAAAAUGCAAUUGCAAGCUGGAAAAUCCUUGACGACAAAUGGAAACUGUAAUAUAAUUGUUUCUGUACCUCCCACUAGAAGUGAUAUUCUACAUGCUCGUGAUGUGAUGGAGGACGUUGCUAUUGCUUAUGGAUUUAAUAACAUUCCAAAAUCAAAACCUAAAUGCAUGACAACAGGAGGGCGGCAACCAUUGAACCGAUUUUCUGAUAAAAUCAGAGCUGAGGUCUCCAGAGCUGGGUAUAUGGAGGUGCUCACAUGGGUUUUGUGCUCACAUGAAGAAAACUUUGCAAUGUUGAAACGGAACGAUGAUGGAGACAAAGCUGUUAUAAUUGCAAACCCUCGAUCAUCUGACUUCGAGGUUGUUCGAACAAGCCUUAUGUCAUGCUUAUUGAAAACUGUAAAGCACAAUAUUGACCAUCCAAGACCCAUAAAGAUAUUUGAGGUUGGUGAUGUUGUAAUAUUGGAUGCGGCACGUGAUGUUGGUGCAGCAAAUAAUCGUCGACUUGCGGCAUUGUACUGCAAUGUUACCUCAGGAUUUGAGGAAAUACUGGGAUUGGUGGAAAGAAUCAUGAAAGUUGUGAGAGCACCACAUGUCCAACUUAGUGAUAAUUAUAUGAGGCCUUCCAAUGAGCCAGAAUUCUUCCCAAAUAGACAAUGUAGCAUCAUAUUCCAGGAGAAACAGAUAGGCCACUUUGGAAUUGUUCACCCUGAGGUCUUGAAGAAAUUUGGUAUCCCUGAUCCAUGUUCUUAUGUUGAGAUUGACAUCCAGGCCUUAUUGUAGAGUGUGAUAAUUUUGUGACCACACAGGUUCCAUUAUUUUGUGGACACAAGUUUUGUUCGGCAUGUCAUAUGACUUUAUUUGCAACAGGAUUUAAAUUUUUCACUAACGAAUUCGUUCAAUCCUGAUGAUUGGGAGUUGGUAACCAUUAAAAAAACCUGUAUUUUUUUCUUUUCAAUGCACCAUCAUGGAAAUCGUUGGUAUAGACAUUAAUUUAUAUUAUUGUUAUCAUUUCAGAGAGGAUGUGAUCGUUAUCUUUCAAACA